AUGACGACCGAUCAAUCUAGAUGGGACGAUCGAAUACCGGAGCUGGGGAGACACCUAAACUCCGCCGUAAACAAAACGAACACUCGUACACCCUUUGAGGCACUCCACGGAUACCGACCUAGGUAUGUGGGAGGCGUGGUCAACACACUGAGCCGUUCUAGUGGUGAGCAGACCGACCCGAAUGACGUGCAAGACUCUGUACAAGAUGCUAUUGCCACAGGCCAAGCAAACAUGAAGGCCUAUUACGACCGGAGCCGUUAUCCGGGAACGAAGUACGAAGUAGGGGAGGUCGUUGUCAUGUUACGACAACCGCGACCUGGGGGCCAAUUCUUGAAAUCGUGCUAA